GUCGGGGAUUGGUGCGGCCAUACCGACACCUUAACAGUAGCAGCACACAGGCUAUUUCUCUCUAUUGUAUACAUAUAUAAAACUGAACCUGCCUACUUUCCACCGAGAUUUCACAUAAUUUCACUUCUAUUCCACAUAAUAAACCACCACUGGAACUGAGCCAAAACAACAAACCUUCCUGGAAAUGGCUUACGAAGGUAUCCUCUUGGGCAUGGGCAAUCCUCUCCUCGACAUUUCUGCUGUUGUCGACGAAGACUUCCUUAACAAAUAUGAGAUCAAGCUAAACAAUGCUAUCCUUGCUGAAGACAAGCACUUGCCUAUGUAUGAAGAAAUGGCUGGCAAAUACAAUGUAGAAUAUAUUGCUGGAGGUGCUACUCAAAAUUCAAUCAAAGUUGCUCAGUGGAUGCUUCAAAUUCCUGGUGCAACAAGUUAUAUGGGCUGUAUUGGAAAGGAUAAGUUUGGAGAGGAGAUGAAGAAAAACUCAAGGCAAGCUGGUGUCAAUGUUCAUUAUUAUGAGGAUGAGACUGCUCCAACAGGGACCUGUGCUGUUUGUGUUGUUGGUGGUGAGAGAUCACUUAUUGCAAAUUUGUCGGCUGCAAAUUGUUACAAAACUGAGCAUUUGAAAAGACCAGAAAAUUGGGCACUAGUUGAGAAAGCAAAAUAUUUUUACAUUGCUGGAUUUUUCCUUACUGUCUCUCCCAAGUCCAUUCAACUUGUUGCUGAACAUGCUGCUGUACACAACAAGGUCUUCUCCAUGAAUCUUUCAGCUCCAUUCAUUUGUGAGUUCUUCAAGGAUGCCCAGGAUAAAGUUCUACCGUAUAUGGACUAUGUCUUUGGGAAUGAGACUGAAGCCAGAACAUUUGCAAAGGUUCAUGGAUGGGAGACUGAUAAUGUUGAGGCAAUUGCUAUAAAGAUCUCUCAGUGGCAGAAGGCAUCAGGUACACAUAAGAGAAUUACAGUUAUUACACAAGGUGCUGAUCCUGUUGUGGUUGCUGAAGAUGGGAAGGUGAAAUUAUUCCCUGUAAACUUGUUACCCAAGGAGAAGUUGGUGGAUACAAAUGGAGCAGGGGAUGCAUUUGUUGGUGGAUUUUUGUCACAGUUGGUGCAAGAGAAGCCAAUUGAAGACUGUGUGAGUGCUGGAUGCUAUGCAGCAAAUGUGAUCAUCCAGAGGUCAGGUUGCACAUAUCCAGAGAAGCCUGAUUUCAGUUAGGCUCAUGAUCGCCGGCCUCUGCUUUGGAAAUUUUAUAUUCAUCUUAAGAGCAUGGUCAUUUUAAACUUUAUUGCAGUUAUUUGCUCCUGAACCGAUAUAUUUUGGUAGAGGAGAUGUUUGUUUGUUUCCGAUAUUGUAUGAUUGUAUGUGCUUAGGCAUCCUUGUUCCCUAUAUGGAUGAGGAUAUUUGGGGUCUUUGUCCACCAAAACAGUUUUUCAAUUCAUUUCUGAAUGGAGAACUGCUUUUGGUUGGGAUGAGUAUGAUAAUUAGAUGUUCAAUUCAGUUGUUCAGGUUAUAUUUCACUUAA